UACAGCGGUGGCUUGCCGUCUCACCCUCAGUCACAGUUAUUUGUAUGAGUUCUACAACAGGGAAGGGCAUGGUAGUAUGGACUGAAGUUUGAAAGCCCCCUAUGUGUACACUACUACUACUACUACUACUACUACUACUACUACUAUCUUUCUCCUGUUGCUAUUUCCGCAUGGUGACAGAGAGAGAUCUGUAGCGAUGGAGGAUUUCUGGGCCAUUGUCCUGGCAGGGCUGAAGGUGUGGGUCUGCCUCAUUGUGGCUCUUCUCAUGGUGCCUGCAAUGUUUGGCUUCUCCCUGGGCAUCUCCGAGACAUACAUGAAGAUCCUGGUCAAAAUCUUGGAGUGGGCCACGUUGAGGAUCAAAACAGUCAACAAAGCGGAGCGGAUGAUCCAAUCCUCCUCAUUCAAUAGCCUCGUCCAGAGGGAUGAUGGUUCUAUGGAGGAGGAGCUGAGGGGGUUAAGGCGCAGUCGCCCCAAACCACCAGUGGGGGGAGACUUCACCCUCAGCGACUGUUUCUACUUCUACAGACGAGGCAUCGAGGAUAUCAUAGAGGAUGAGGUGACCCAGCGGUUUUCGUCAGAGGAGCUGGUGUCGUGGAACCUGCUAACUCGGACCAACAUCGACUUCCAGUACAUCAGCCUCAAACUGACCAUGGUCUGGGGCCUGGGCGUGUUCAUACGCUACUGCAUCCUGACUCCGCUCAGGAUCAUGCUGGCGUCUAUAGGCCUGACCUGGCUGGUGAUAGGAACCACUGCUGUAGGAUUCCUCCCUAACUGGAGGCUCAAGUUCUGGCUGAGUGAGUGGGUCCAUGUGAUGUGCUACAGGAUCUGUGCUCGAGGCCUCUCCUGCACCAUCCACUACCACAACAAAGAAAACAGACCCAGAAAAGGAGGAAUCUGUGUGGCCAAUCACACCUCCCCGAUUGAUAUUGUCAUUCUCUGCAACGAUGGGUGUUACGCCAUGGUGGGCCAGUCACAUGGGGGUCUGAUGGGAGUGCUGCAAAGGGCCAUGGCGAGGUCCUGUCCUCACAUCUGGUUUGAGAGAGCUGAUAUGAAAGAUCGCCACCUAGUGACCAAAAGGUUGAGGGAUCACGUGAAUGACAAGACUAAGCUUCCUAUAUUGCUCUUUCCGGAAGGGACCUGUAUCAACAACACAUCUGUCAUGAUGUUCAAAAAGGGAAGUUUUGAAAUCGGAGGAACGAUAUACCCGGUAGCCAUCAAGUAUGACCCUCAGUUUGGGGAUGCGUUCUGGAACAGUGCCAAGUACAACAUGGUGAGCUACCUGCUCAGGAUGGUGACUAGUUGGGCUAUAGUCUGUAACGUCUGGUACCUGCCAGCCAUGCACCAACAGGAAGGGGAGGAUGCUGUCCAGUUUGCCAACAGAGUCAAGUCUGUCAUCGCACAUCAGGGGGGACUAGUGGACCUGUCCUGGGACGGAGGCCUAAAGAGGGCUAAGGUGAAGGACACGUAUAGAGAGGAGCAGCAGAAGAAGUACAGCAGCAUGGUGGUGGGUAGCGAGGAGGGCCGCAGCGGUAACAGUGACUGACGCCCUCCUCUAACAUGUGAAAAGGGCAGCUCGUUCUCGAGCAACCUACAUCGCGACCGCUGGAGACGGGAGUUUUACUUUGGCAGGGGUCACGUCGCAUUUCGGUUUCUCCCAUGAUCACGCGGCGUGAAUACAUUUUAGCUUUCACAGUGUACAGAAGGUGGGCGUAGGCCCAUCCAAAAGCUCUUAUCUGGGAGUUUGGAAAGGAGCUUGGCCAUCACUGCCUGAAUACUGCACUGCUGACGACCCCGGACUAGACUGCCAUCGAGUGAAUGAACCGUUUUAAAGUGCGUUGCGGACUGUAGAGGGUUAUAACUGAUUAGCCAAUUGCAUUACAAUUACUCUCGUCUACUGUGACAACACAGUGAAGCGGAACUGUAAAGGAGAUGAGGUGGUAGGUCCAAUAGCAUCCGUUUGGGAUUUUGAAUAGCUCUUUCUUGUUCUGCUAUAAAACACUGUUCUAAUUCUCUGCUGGAAAAUUACUAUAAAAUCUUUGUGAAUAGUGCAAUUGUGACUGUAGAGACUUUUUGAUCACAAACUUCUAAAUGUCAGUGUUACGCGAUGACUAUCUGAGGUUAUUUUAUUUUGUCUUCGUGUUUUUUUUCCCCCCCUGUCAUUUAUGAUUGAAUGAGCUGCUGAAACGUUCAGAGCCAGUUGAUCAAUCCUGUUGAUCAACCAUUACUGCUAAUCGUUUGGAAAUAAACAUGAGCCCACA